CGUUUCUUAUCAUUCAACAGCCCCAACAAUGCGCAGGCUACCAACAAUCCCGGUAUUUGCUGCCCCAGCAGUGCGACCAAGUCCAUCAUGCUCCCCUUUCGCCAUCACCAGCAGACUCCAACCGCAUCUGCGCUCCGCAUUUAACCCCAACCCGCAAACACCACCCAUCUACAGACCCUUCUCGCACACGCCUACGAUCUCAAACUCCAAAUCCCCCUUCCGCCUCUCUUCAACACCCCAGUCCACACCACCACCCACCGAACCGGACUCCGAGUUCCCCGACAACGACGGCGAAUACUACAGCCCCUACAAGCCAAAGCGCCAAUGGCCUCCAGAUAUGUCGAAACUAUCCCCGAAACACCAGUUCCGACUUGAGCGCAAAUACCGACGGCGCUCGGCGCUCAAAUAUGCGCGCCCGACGUGGACUAAGGCGACCAAGUUGGUGCAGUGGGGCACUAUAGGGUUCGUCAUUGUCUACGCCCUAUUGUUCAUGGAGUGGGAUGAGAGAGGUGGGAAGCCGAUCGAGGAGUUCCGCGAAUAUAUCUUCGGUACCUUGAAGGGGGCAUUCUCGGCUCCCCCGUCUCAAGCGUCCAUGAGACGUUCUGAGGAGUCGACGCGGGAGUGAGGUUCUGAGAUACUUAUUGAACUUGGUGCAUAUAUCCCUCGCGUUUAGCAUUGGUAGCAGUAUACUCUGCUCUGUAUAUUAUACAUACUUCUGUUCAGAUUAUGAUGCCCUAAGUAAAGACUACAAGGUCAAAUUCCUCAUAUUAACAAACUGUUAACUAUUUACUGAAUCCAUACACUGUGCAACCUU